AUGUCCCCCAAACCCCAAGAUCUUGUCAUAGAGGUGGAGGAAAACAAGAGUAGUAAAGAUAUUAAUGUAGUUGAUAUUGAGAACGAGACGAAGAAGGAUAAGAAGAUCAUCAAUAAACCUUUACCAUUUCAUAAGCUGUUGAGCUACGCUGAUGCGGUGGAUUGGCUACUCAUGGCUCUCGGAACCUUGGGUUCUAUCAUCCAUGGCACGGCUCAACCCAUAGGGUAUCUCUUGCUAGGUAAAGCCCUCAAUGCAUUUGGAAGCAACAUCGGAGACGAUGCUGCCAUGGUUAAAGCCCUCGACAAGGUUAUUCCGUUCGUGUGGUACAUGGCCAUCGCCACCUUUCCAGCUGGAAUACUGGAGGUCGGAUGCUGGAUGUAUGCAAGUGAAAGGCAGUUAGCACGAUUAAGAUUCGCUUUCCUUGAAGCAGUCCUUAGCCAGGAUGUUGGGGCUUUCGAUACAGAUUUAUCAGGUGGAAAAAUCAUCACUGGAGUCACUAACCACAUGAGCAUCAUACAAGAUGCAAUUGGGGAGAAGGUGGCGCUGCUUUCCUUAUUAGUUGUUCCUAUGAUUCUUGUGAUUGGAGCCACUUACACCAAGAAAAUGAACACUGUUUCAACAGUUAAACUGCUUUACCUUUCAGAAGCUACCUCUAUGGUUGAGCAGGUACAUAUAUAUCCAGUUGUUUCCUACCUUUCAUCAUAUAUAUCACAGACCGUGUCUCAAAUCAGAACAGUUUUUGCAUUUGUUGGGGAGAGUUAUGCAAUCAAAACUUUUUCAGAGAGCAUGGCCAAGCAGCUUUCCAAAAGCAAAGUGGAAGCACUGAUAAAAGGAGUUGGAAUAGGAACGUUUCAAACAGUCACGUUCUGUUCUUGGGCACUCAUCAUAUGGGUUGGUGCCGUUGUAGUCACUGCCAAGAGGGCACAUGGCGGUGACGUCUUAGCUGCAAUUAUGAGCAUUCUCUUCGGAGCUAUAUCACUCACUUACGCUGCUCCAGACAUGCAAAUCUUCAAUCAGGCAAAAGCUGCGGGAAAUGAACUUUUUGAGGUUAUCCAGAGGAAGCCUCUCAUAACUAAUGAUUCAAAGGGGAAGACUCUCGAUAGAAUGGAUGGCAACAUUGACAUACGUGAUGUACACUUUGCAUACCCAUCCCGGCAGGACGCACUGAUACUCAAUGGAUUUUCUUUGUCAAUUCCAUCUGGAAAAAUGGUUGCGUUGGUGGGAAGUAGUGGGUGCGGGAAGAGUACUGUUAUUUCCCUAAUUGCAAGGUUCUAUGAUCCCUCUAAAGGGGAGAUCCUCAUCGACAAUCAUAACAUUAAGGAUCUUGAUUUGAAAUUUCUGCGAAGGAACGUAGGAGCAGUUUCCCAAGAACCGUCCCUUUUUGCUGGGACGAUCAAGGAUAACUUAAUGGUGGGAAACAUGGGUGCUGAUGAUCAAGAGGUUGAAAACGCAGCUAUGAUGGCAAAUGCACAUUCCUUCAUUUCUCAACUACCAAAUCAGUACUCAACAGAGGUAGGCCAAAGGGGAUUCCAAUUAUCUGGGGGACAAAAGCAGAGAAUUGCCAUAGCAAGAGCUAUUCUAAAAAAUCCUCCAAUUCUUUUGCUUGAUGAAGCCACAAGUGCACUCGAUUCAGAAUCAGAGAAGCUGGUUCAAGAUGCCCUUGAGAAGGCUAUGCAGGGAAGAACAGUCAUCUUCAUUGCACACAGGAUGUCAACUAUUAUUCAUGCAGAUAUGAUUGCGAUUGUAGAGAAUGGACAAGUUAUAGAGACAGGAACACACCGCAGCUUACUAGAGACCAGUAAAGUGUAUGGUAAAUUUUUUAGCAUGCAGAACAUCAGCACAGCUAACAAAUCAAGAACUGCAGAGUCUGAAGAAUCAGCAAGUACCAACCAACAGCUUUUAUCUGCAGACCUUGAUCAACAUGAGGAACGUGGAGAACCCAACAAGCACCUUUGCAAACCUCCCUUGCAAGAGGACCAGAAAGGAAGGAAGGAAGCUAGUCCAUUCUUCAGAAUAUGGUUUGGAUUGGAACAUAAAGAUCUUGUAAAGACUGUCAUUGGCUCUGUUGCAGCGGCUUUCUCUGGUAUCUCAAAGCCCUUUUUCGGGUACUUCAUUAUAACGGUUGGAGUGACAUACUACAAGGAAGAUGCAAAUCGCCGUGUUGGUUGGUUUUCAAUCAUGUUUGCUCUAAUAGGACUCCUUUCAUUAUUCACGCACACCUUGCAGCACUACUUCUUUGGAGCAGUAGGGGAGAAGGCAAUGGCAAACCUCAGACAAGCUUUAUAUUCAGGUGUUCUACUCAAUGAAUUAGCAUGGUUUGAGAAACCUGAGAACACUGUUGGUUCACUUACUUCUCGGAUUAUCAACGACACCUCCAAGGUCAAAAUCAUAAUUUCUGAUCGCAUGUCAGUAAUUGUCCAAUGCCUCUCCUCCAUUCUGAUUGCAACAAUUGUUAGCAUGGUUGUCAAUUGGAGAAUGGGUCUGGUAGCUUGGGCAGUGAUGCCUUGCCAUUUCAUAGGUGGACUAAUUCAAGCCAAGUCUGCCAAAGGAUUUUCGGGUGACUCUGCUGCUGCACAUUAUGAACUUGUUGAACUUGCUUCCGAGUCCACAGCCAACAUAAAAACCAUUGCAUCAUUUUGCCAUGAAGAGCAAAUUCUCAAGAAAGCCAAGAUAUGUCUGGAAAAUCCAAAAAGGAGGAGCAGGAAAGAAAGUAUCAAGUAUGGGCUCAUUCAGGGCGUCUCCCUUUGUUUAUGGAAUAUUGCACAUGCCGUUGCUCUAUGGUACACAACACGUUUAGUUGACAAACAUCAAGCCACCUUCUUAGAUGGCAUAAGAUCAUACCAGAUUUUCUCUCUUACAGUACCUUCAAUCACAGAAUUAUGGACACUGAUCCCCACUGUCAUCUCUGCCAUUGGUGUACUGGCUCCUGCUUUCGAAACCCUUGACCGCGAGACUGAAAUUCAACCAGAUAUUCCAAAGAGUCCAGAUCUUGAAACGAUCGUGGGGAGAAUUGAAUUUCAGAACAUCCAAUUUAACUACCCAUUACGACCAGAAGUGACGGUUCUCCACAACUUCAGCUUACAAAUUGAAGCUGGAUUAAAGGUGGCACUUGUUGGGCCAAGCGGAUCUGGAAAGUCCUCGGUUUUGGCCCUUCUGCUAAGAUUCUAUGAUCCAUGGGAAGGAAGGGUUUUAAUUGAUAAGAAGGAUAUAAGAGAAUACAAUCUGAGGAAAUUGAGGAGACAAAUUGGGUGGGUGCAACAAGAACCACUUCUUUUUAGCUCCUCAAUAAGAGACAAUAUCAUCUAUGGGAAUGAAGGGGCUUCAGAAACUGAAAUUGUGAAGGUAUCAAGGGAGGCAAAUAUACACGAGUUUGUAAGUAAUUUUCCUGAUGGGUAUGAUACAGUUGUAGGGGAGAAGGGCUGCCAACUUUCAGGUGGACAAAAGCAACGGAUAGCAAUUGCUAGAACCCUACUAAAAAGGCCUGCAAUUUUGCUCCUCGAUGAAGCAACGAGUGCCCUCGACACUGAGACUGAAAGAUCUAUAGUGAGUGCUUUGGGAUCAGUAAAACUGAACGACAACAGGGGCUCCGGGUACACAACCACACAGAUCACAGUUGCACACCGGAUUUCUACAGUUAAAAACUCAGAUACUAUAGUCGUAAUGGAUAAAGGUGAGAUUGUUCAGAUGGGUAGCCACUCAGCUCUAAUAGCGACAUCUGAUGGAUUAUAUUCGAGAUUAUACCAGCUCCAGAACUUAAUAGAAGAGUGAUUCCUCUUCCAUCAUAGAUGUUAGUUUACUGCGUGAACUUUAUAUAUCAACUACAAGUCAAAGCAUGAUGUAGAUGCAAAUGUCCUUUUCAUCAUUAAAAAGAAAGGGAUGAGAUUUAAUUAAUUACCAAUGGUCAAGGAUCAAAGAGAAGCACAGAAAUUUGAAAUAUUCUUCUAAAAUGCAAUGAAGACGCCAUCUAUUUUCUUGAGCUGCUCUAUCUCCUGUCCAUUUGCUAUCCCAGGAUCAAUGGGACACAACUGGAAAGAAGGAAGAAGAAGAAAAAUCCGAUGUGAAGCUUCCACAUGAAAUAACAGCAUGGAGAGAAAAAACAGGUUAACUAGAGGAGUAGAACCUGGUAAUGGGGCUUCUUCAAUGUCCAUGUUCAACAAAGGUUUCCAAACUGAAAACUUGUCAUAUGGAUUGAAUUAUUUCAAAAACCACAAAUUAUAGGAUUCAUGUCCUUUCCACAA